ACUGAUCCUCUCCUCGACAUCCCCAUCAUCAAUGUCGGUCGUCCGCAUCUGUCUGUCUUGUCGCAGCUCCUCAACUCCGUCUCGCCGGAGAGAAGAGAGAAGAGAGAAGAGAGAAGAGAGAGGAAGAAGAUCCAAGACACACGACACGACGCAAGAUACAAGAGACGACGUAGGAACCCCCAACGGCCAAUGUCGUCCGACUAUCUCUUCCACGCCGCCAGCGCUCCCCGCCCGCACCACCACGACCUGGACGGUGCGCGGUGGGACGCCACGGCCGGACAACCCGACCCUGAACCUGAAGCCGUUUUCUCCGUCUUUGGCGGCGAGACCUCCCGUCGCUCUCCCUUCGUCAUUUCCGACGACUUUAUCCAGUUUCUCUUUGACGAUUAUCAACUCCAUGAUUCAACCUCCAUCAUCAGCGCAAAUCUGAACCGCGAUGCGUACUCGAGCCCGCAGUCCCUAUGUUCGCCUCACACAAGUCACGACAGUCCCCGCGCGGGCUGCCUUCCGCCCGCCUCUUUAGUCGAUAGCCACGAUCCUGGCGAGACAAGUCUUCCGUCCGCGAUGCUCUCGGAUGAGAAGAGCCGCGAGAUCCUCAACCUCGUCGAGGAUAUGUUGAAUAGGACGGACCAUGCACCGGUGGCUGAGUACAAGGACUCCCUGGUCUGGGGUGCUCGCUCUCGGGAUUUCAACAUGAUGAGCCGGAAGACGAUGGAGACUUAUCUCGUCAACUACUGGAGGGGAUUUCACGCCCAGCUUCCAAUCUUGCACAAACCAACCUUCUCACCCGACAAUACCCCCAGCCUUCUUCUCAUUACGAUCAUGAUCAUUGGCGCCUCGUGUCCCGACAAAGAAAGCUACCAUGCGAUCAACAAGACUAGUACUGAGCUUUGGGCCGUGCUCGUCUGGCAUUUGCGAUGGGAAAUAUUCAAAUUAGUAGAUGUCCGGCCCCCACAGCUAUGGGUGUUCCAAGCCCUUCUGCUCCUCGAGGUCUACGAGAAGAUGUUCUCGACAAGGGUCCUCCACGAACGAGCACAUAUCCACCACGCCACCACGAUUGACUUGAUUCGUCGCGGGAGUCCCCUGGUUGAAAGGUCCCCGGCGGAUCUGCCCCCAGGCUACCAGGAGAACGCGCCUGGCAUCCCGCCUCCGGGGACAACCUUCACAGCUGAGUGGUGGAGCCAUUGGAUCACCAGAGAGGCAACCCGACGAGUGGCUUUCGCAGCCUUCCUCAUCGACUCGAUCCAUGCAACGAUGUUCGGGCAUUCGACGAUGAUGGCUGCCCACGAGAUCGGACUCUUGCUACCGUGCGACGAAGCACUGUGGUCAGCGACUGACGCUGCGGAGAUAGGCAGGAUCGAGUCGGCGCUCCGCGCACACGGCGUGAAGCCCCUAUCAUUCCUCGAGGGCCUGCAGCGGACGCUCAAGGGUCACGAGGUACACACCAACGCCUUUGGACGGUCGAUCUUGAUGUCUGGCUUACUGAGUGUCAGCUUCCACAUGAACCAGCGGGACCUCCAGGUUGAUUCUCUUGGGGUCAACCCUCGAGGGCGGCGCGGAGGCUCCAGGUGGAGGAAGUCUAUCACGCGAGCCUUCGAUCUCUGGAUGCAAUCGUACGAGCAAGCGGCCGGGAACGGCGCCGGCAACAUGUCCGGACGCUGUCUGGAUAAGGACCAUGCCCUGGAAAGUCGGAUCGCACUAUACUAUCUCGCCCAUAUCAGCAUGCACGUUGACAUUGUGGAAUGCCAGGUCUUCGCCGGGGCAAAGCGUGUGCUGGGCCGCCCUCUCGGGAAGCAGGACAUCGAGAGCGCCCAGCGCCACAUUCGAACAAUCUGGGCACCCACCGCGGAUGCUCGAGCGGCCACCUUCUAUGCGCUCCGCUUCCUGUGCGCCGUGCUCCUGCCCAGUCCCGCGCACGUCGCCCGCCCAUCCUCUAUCCUCGACUAUGCCGCCACCAGGAAGAACGUGCUGCCGAGCCCGUGCUGGGUCCUGUACGUUGCCGCCCUCGUCCUCUUCUCUUAUAGCUACGCCGUCGAUGGCGCCGCUGUCCUCCCCGCCCCCGCUGACUCCUCUAUCGAUAACCACAUCCGCGACAUGUACAGCUUCUUGACCCGCGUCGACGCUAUCAGGACCCCCGACGACAUCGUGCAUCACCGGCUUAACGGCUGCCGAGGGAUGCUCCGCGUCCUGCGCCACCUCUUCCGAAACGCCAAUUGGGAAUUGCUUCACGAGGCGGCCGACAUGUUAACCAACUGUAUAAAAAUGAUUGGUUGAUGUAUAUAAGCUGGACAGUUUACCACUAGGAGAUUGUCGACACGGACAUUUACUACAGGGGUGCCGCGAUUGCUCUGCUAACGAGACGAGUCGAGGAUAUUCUGGCGAAAUGCACGCCAUAAUCUUGGGCCUUAAACUUGCUGUUUAUGAUUGUGUGACUUGGAAGAUUUCAAAGGGAUCCAUAAUGGUUCACCCGAAAAACAAGAGUAUUUCCUCUAACUCUGGUUAGCCGAUUUGCCAGUACCUUGAAGGCAGCCUAUCAGGCAUUUAGACAGUGCUGUGACAGUAUCCCCUAG